AUUCAGAAGUAAUCUUAUCAAGUGCUUCAGUCCCUUCCUGCCACCUUAUGUUUGCUUGUGGUUCGCUGCUGUGAGUUGGCAGAGGGGAAAUGAAUGAGCAAUGCUUUGGGAAAUAAAGAGGCAUAUUCUGGUUUUCCUUCUGAUCCUUGCCCUUUUAAGAAACUUAUGUGACGCUCAAUGUUCUGUGAAACCAGUUGGUAAAAAGGGCUGCUUUCAUGAUGGAAAAUGGUACCGUGCUCCAGCUGUUUGGAAAACAAACAACUGCCAAAGAUGUGAAUGUAAACCCCAAAAAUUAAUAUGCUGCAGCCUAGUUUUCAGACCUAUCAACUAUGAUAAGAAGAAAUGCAUUGCCAUGUUUCACCGCAAAAGUUGCACCAUCCGUGUGGUGAAGAAGAAUGAUCCUGCAGAAAAUUGCCAAGUCUUUGCUGGGGUUGGUUAAAAGUUAACCAACCCAUUAAAAGUUUGUACUCCAAGAUAUUUUUGGGGAAAUCUGGUAUUUUUUCUUUCUCCUAUUCCCAAUCUUGAUCUCAAGUAUUCCAUCUCUGUUACUAAACAAAAUUUACUUACAACAAUUUUGUAGUUCUGAGGAUGACCAAGUUCAAGACUGAAAAAUUGUUGUUCCAGUCACAUAAGACAAUACAUGUUUAAUGGAUUCUUACUAUAUGAAUGCAUUACAUUGAUUAUAUUACUAUAAUGUUGCCUUCAUAAAACUGUUAGAACAGGCCCAGUAUUUAAGAUUCCUACUACAAAAAUGUGUAUUUUGGAAAAAUGAGACCUUGGCCUAAAUUUAAUGAAAGUUUAAACUGAAUUUUAAAGUAUGUAUGUUAAGAGGAAGUUUUAAAAAAUGUAUUAGAAUGUUUUGAUUUUUAAAAAUGUUUUAACAAAAACUUAGUGUUUUAAAAUGGAUGGAAAAAAGAAGUAUUUUUCUCUUUUGAGGUUAAAGCAUCUGAAAGAAUACAGUGAAUAUUGUUAAUAUAAAUUGUGAUAGUUUAUAAAGAUUAUUAAGGGCAAAUAGAAAUAUAUACUAUUUCAACAGUAAGGAAGAUAAAGCAGAAAUUGUUAAGUUGAUUGUUCUGUUCAAAGAGGAGAAUGUAUUGAUGUUUUUCUGCUUGUGAUAAAAAAAAUGAAACUUUGAUUUUGGCUAUGCUGAUAGAUUUGUUGUUAUAGAAAUGGCUAG